AUGGCCCCAAUCAGCAUCUUGGAUGGCGGCCUUGGGACGUCUCUACAAGACCAGUACGGUGUGCAAUUCGACAGCACCAACACUCCACUCUGGUCCUCGCACCCUUUAAUCUCAGACCCGGCUGUUCUAGAGUCCUGCCAGCGCGAUUUCAUUAAUGCAGGAAUCCACGUUCUCUUGACAGCGACAUACCAAGUAUCAGUGGAGGGCUUCGGUCGCACAAAGACGGCAGAGUAUCCCGAUGGAAUCCCCCGCCAUGCUAUUGGCCCCUUCUUAAAGAGGGCUCUAGAUAUCGCCGAGAACGCCCGCGGCGAAAAAGAUGUCAAAGUGGCUUUGAGCCUCGGUCCAUAUGGGGCGUGUAUGAUCCCAGGACAAGAAUAUAGUGGUGCAUAUGAUGAUGCGCAUAAUAGCGAGGAGUCGUUGUACCGCUGGCAUUUGGAUCGUUUACGGCUUUUUAUGGACGCAGAUGAUAAUCUACGCCAGCGGAUCCAAUACGUUUCUUUUGAGACCCUGCCUCGUUUGGACGAGGUCAAGGCCGUGAGACGGGCCAUCCGCGAUGCGAAGCUCGAUGUCCCAUUCUGGAUAGCUUGUGUCUUCCCCCGAGAAGAUAGCCUCUUGCCUGAUGGAAGUCUCGUGAAGGACGUUGUCAAUGCCGCUGCCUCUAAAGACGAGGAGGGCUUUGUUCCGUGGGGCAUCGGAAUUAACUGCACUAAAGUGCAUAAACUCCCUGGGUUGAUUCAGGAGUUUAGCAAAGCAGCUACCGGUUUGCCUGAUCAGCAAUUAUCCCUCGUUCUGUACCCAGAUGGAACCAAUGGCGAGGUCUACAACCCAGCCACUCAGACGUGGGACAAGCCAAGUGGCGUUGGCGGACAAGCGCUCACAUCACCCUGGGAAACCCAGCUAGCGGACAUAGUCAACGGAGCCACCGAAAACAGCCCAUUCAAGUCAUACCUUGUAGGUGGAUGCUGCAAGGCAUCGCACCAUGAUAUCAAGAAACUCAGAGACCAGUUCUAUAAAUGA